CUGCACAGGACCGUUUGAGUUUUCCUCUGCGGACGGUCGGGCUGCGAGUCUCCUGCGGGCUGAUCGAGAGGGGGGAGAUAAAAAACAAAACAAAACAAAUCGGUGAUCUCCUGCCCAAACAGAAACGUGCAUGAAAGACCUCUGGACCGAUGAUGGAGGCCUGGCCAACAGUGGCCUGGGUCCUGCUAAUGAUCAGUGUUGCUGAUUGGCUGAAAACUGUCCAGUCACGUGACUUCACCAUGAUGGAUAUCAUCAUGCUGCAUCCCUCAACUACACCUCAUCCUGGUGGCUUCAAGUGCUUCACAUGUCAAGACGCUGCAGAUAACUAUGAGUGUAAUCGCUGGGCGCCGGAUGUUUACUGUCCAAAAGAUACCAGAUACUGUUACACACUCCAUGUGAUGGACAACAAAGGAGACAGUGUGUCCGUGACCAAGCGCUGUGUGGCCCUGCAGGACUGUCUGCUUACCGGCUGCGCUGAUGUCACUGAUAACGGUUAUCAGGUGUGCUCGUCCUGCUGUGAAGGGAACAUCUGUAACGUGCUGGUGCCGAGAAACGAGAGCAGCGCCAUUUUCUCCUCGACUUCCCCUCUGGUCAGCUCGAGCAGAAGGCUUCAUCCUGCGACACUGAGCUGCAUCAUCAUCAUCAUCAUCAUCAUCUUCACAGCUGGACAUGUUUGAAAGGGAAACUCAGUGCUGCUGGUGCUGGUUAACACAUCUGGUGCAUGUAGCACCACACCUGGGAUUUGUGUUCACUGUAUCCUGCGGUUUAACUCUGAACAAGCAUGUCAACACUGCGCCACGUUCCAUUUAGAGAACUUCUUCCUUUCAAACAUUUUGUGGUUAUUUAUUUAUACUAAAUGUCAGUAUUAAUAUGGGGCUGCUAUUGUUUAACCACUGCAGUUUGUAAUUUUGUGGUUUUGUCAACAUUAAACUGCUUGGGAAAUUCACAGCCAUCUUGUUUGUUGUAUGUAAUAAACAUUUGCAGAAUAUUUUGUAUGGUGUACUGAUGACUGAUGUUGGUGUUUCAACAAUAUGGACACAAAAUAAAUACAAACCUUGAAGUCA